AUGCCGACAGUGCUCCUCGUUGUCCACUGUCCUACCGUGCCCAUCGUUUCCGAACGGCGCCUUGCCUCGACGAGCGCUCUGUCAGAGGUCUGCGCUCGCAUCGAACUGCUGAGUGGCAUCCCGUCCGACUCUCAGCGACUUUCCCUGUGGUCGGGCCGCACCGAUGACGCGGACGCGAGGCCCGGACUGGUCCACGAUUUUGCCGCGGAUGGUCUCUCUUGCGAGGCGUCAAUGACGCUGGAGCAGUGUGGCGCUCGAGAUGGAAUGGGCCUCAAGGUACUCGACACGCGCGCGAGCGAAAUCAGGCAUCAGUUUGGACAGGAAGAGGAGGAAAAGGUGGAAAAGUACGAGAUGGACGAUGAGGUCUACGCCCAGCGUCAAGACUCGGUCUUGGCUUACAAGCAACGGAUGAAAAUGGGUCGGUUCGGUGAGGCAGCUGCUUCGGCUACUUCGGACGUCAACGAUGUGCCCGACUUGCCAUCAAACGCGCAGCCAGGCGCUCGCUGCCAGGUCAUCGAAGGAGAGAGGCGGGGCACUAUUCGCUUCGUGGGCCCCACCGCUUUUGCUCCAGGCACUUGGAUCGGCAUCGAAUACGACGAGCCAGUGGGGAAAAACGACGGAAGCAUAAAAGGACACCGCUACUUCAGUGCGAAGCCAAGCCACGGCGGCUUCGUCAAGCCGGACAAGGUUGACGUAGGAGCCUUUCCCGUGCGACGCAUUGCGGACAAUGACGACGAUGACGAUGACGACAUUGAUGAUGAUAAUGAUGAAAUGUGA